AUGGGGAAUAUGGCGUAUCAACAACAAUUGGGAAGUGCAACAUUAACAACCUUUUCGCAUCAUUUGAGAGAUCUAUGGAAUAGUCCAAGAGGGGCAGUGCUCCGUAUUGAGGCAUUAACAUUGGUGGCCAUCACCCUCUCCUUCUUCAUUUCUGCCUUUGGGUCCUGCCGUCGCUGGUCCAAUCAAUGGAUCCUUCAAAAGGGCUUCAUAGCUGCAAAUGGUUUAUUUUUAUCCCUGGGGAUAUAUAGCAUUGGCUUAAUGCAAUCUUCAUCUGUGAAGAGUGAUAUGUAUCCCAUAUGGACUGUAUCCUUACUGGGCUUCCUUUGUUACAUUGAUCCAAUAACCACUGCGUCAGGUCCUGACAACAAGACUGCACUCUGGAAGAUGCUAUAUCAGCUGUGCCUCUACUGUGGAUAUGUCAUGCUGAUGACUAUCUCAACAAUAUCCAGUGAUAUAGGUAAUGUAGCUAUCUGCUUGUUGUCUGCUGUCACUUUUAUGAAGGGCUUUCAUAGAUCAAUGGCACUUAUGCUGCCAAGCUCUAUGCGGAACAUGAUCAGAGACAUUCCAGAAGAGAGGGCACAAUUUUAUUUCAGAUAUCCUAAUGAUGUAGCAAAGUUAAUAGUCGAUAUGCCUCUUGAUGUAGUGGGGCAUCGUACAUCGGUCUACAUGGGUGAUGUAUCUACCAGGAGAGGCGAAGACAAUGAUCUAACAUCAAAUCUUGAUGCAUGCAAAGAUGUGUGCUUCUCAUUCUCUCUGUCCCAUUUGUUGCAACGGCGUUUCCUUUUGAUAAAGGAGGGAGACGACGACGAGGACGUUUUGCCAAUGCAAAUGGGCGAGAUCUUGAUUGGAAACUUUGAGCAGGUAUUCAAGGCUGUUGAUGUUAAGUGGACGAAUUUUGAGCGGGUCUUCAAGGCUGUUGAGGUUGAGUUGGCUUUUCUAUAUGAUAUCUUCUUCACAAGCAAUGCAUUCCUCCAUUAUUAUGAAGCAAAAGCUGCUAGCAUUUGGGCAUUUCCUUCAGUUAUUGGGAUAUGUUUUGUUGGGGUAGUUGCUGCCAUACCUGGGACUAGGACAAAUCGCCAUGCUUCUCCUGGCACCAUCAUUGUGGACACCACAAUAGCAGACAUUAUUAUUACUGAAGUGAUACUGCUGUCUCUUGCCCUGCUGACGGUGUUUCAGUUGUUAUGCUGCUGGACCUCAAAUUGGGCCAGAGUUUCCUUUGCCUGUGAUUAUGUCAGGAAUCCUCAGGUGAAGGGGAUAAGACGGAGGAUGAGACAACUAAAAGCAUCUCUUAUCAAGAUUAAUCUUUCCGACAAUUACUUAUGGCAAAAUAAGCUUGGACAACAUUCAAUAAUUGAAUCAGCCAGCAUGGGAUGCUGCAGGCAGUGCUGCGUAGAAUUCCUGAAUUUUAUUUUGGGCUUUUCUUGUUUGAGGAAGCUUAAGGUAUUCAUGAAGAUAUUCAUUAUUGCCCCGAUAUGUUCCGUUUGCUCGGUGAUGCUAGGAUUGCAUUACAUUGGCCAAGUGCUCCGGGAAAUGCUGUGUGACAGCAAUACAGGGAAUGCCGUUGAAUUGCAUGCUGAUGUGAAGGCAUCCAUUGCUGAUUUUAUUGGCGGGCUCGAUUCCAAUGAAGCAAGUCGUUGGGCAUCCGACCUGGGUAGUUUGGAGGAUACUCUGAAAUGGCAUGUUGCAACAUGUUACUGUGAACUGGCGCAGGAACACGAUGACAAGGGUUUCCUCAAGUGCACAGAUAGUGAAAAGGCAGUUGCAGAGAAGCAUCAUCGCGUGGCCAUGGCUCUAUCCAAAUAUUGUGCAUACUUGUUGGUUUCAGCACCACGGUUACUUAAUGAAUCAGUUGAGAGUAUGAAAAUUGUGUACAAUGAAGUUAGACAAGAAGUAUUCACUGCACUGCGUGGGAAGGAUGACAAGCUAGGGGCAAUGGAACUUUUUACCCGUGUGCAUGGAUCAACACAUACUAUCUUUUGCUCGGGCGUGGAACUAGGCAUGGGACUGCGAAGCCAGCCUACGCCUGUGCGCUGGAAGGCGAUGGCAGAAUUCUGGGUUAAGACGUUGGUCUACAAUGCGCCAUCUUGCAACAAUACAGAGGAGCACGUGCAGCACCUCUUACAGGGUGGAGAGCUCAUCACCCAUCUAUGGGCUUUGCUAUAUCACGCCGGCAUCGACCUUUGGCACUAUAAUGAGCCAGAAUGGUGGGGACAGUGGGAUGCUAAUAACUUUCAAGGUCGGCCCGGAAAAGACCACGUACACUCUCUAGAACCCACGCAGGGUCUAAGGAUACAUGCGGGUGAUUCACCUGAUUUGAACACUUAUGCCCAGCAGGAUGGUGCUUCCUCGAGCCAGCAGCCGCUGUCUCCUUGA